AUGAAGUCUAUCCACCUCUCUAACAAGUCAUGUUGCUCUUGGUUCUUCUUUGGCCUAUUUACUAUCAUUGCUUCCCUUGCUUCAGCUGCAGAGCCAGAGACUCAAUACCAUCAAUUUGUAGUUCAAACUACUCCAGUGAAGAGGCUGUGCAGAACCCACAACAUACUCACUGUAAACGGGCAGUUUCCAGGCCCAACAAUAGAAACUAGAAAUGGAGAUUCUCUUGUAAUCAAAGUAGUAAAUGCUGGACCCUACAACAUCUCCAUCCACUGGCAUGGAUUAAGGAUGCUUAGAAAUCCAUGGGCAGAUGGGCCUAGUUAUGUGACUCAGUGUCCCAUCCAACCAGGUGGAAGUUACACAUACCGCUUUACAAUCACAAACCAGGAAGGGACACUAUGGUGGCAUGCUCACACCGGCUUCCUAAGAGCCACUGUCUAUGGAGCUUUCAUCAUUUAUCCAAAAUUGGGUUCUCCUUAUCCUUUCUCUAUGCCCAAGAAAGAAUUUCCCAUCCUUCUUGGGGAAUGGUUUGAUAGGGAUCCGAUGCUUCUCUUAAGGCAGGCACAGUUUACAGGAGCAGCUCCAAAUGUAUCUGUUGCAUACACCAUGAAUGGUCAACCUGGAGAUCUCUACAGAUGUUCCAGUCAAGAAACUGUACGUAUUCCAGUAGAUGCCGGCGAGACAAUUCUUUUGAGAAUUAUAAACAGUGCACUUAAUCAAGAACUAUUCUUUACAAUUGCCAACCACAGAAUGACAGUGGUUGCUACAGAUGCUGCUUAUAGCAAGCCUUUCAACACUCAAGUCCUCAUGAUAGGACCUGGUCAAACAAUCAAUGUCCUGGUCACUGCUGAUCAAACCCCAGGUCUAUACUACAUGGCAGCACGUGCAUAUCAAACAGCCAUGAAUGCUGCAUUUGACAACACAACCACCACUGCAAUCCUUGCAUACAAAUCUGCUAGCUGCAGUAAAAAAAAUGGACAACAAUCUUCAAGACCAACAUUGCCAGUUUUGCCAGCCUUCAAUGACACAGCCACUGCAACUGCAUUCACAGCUGGGAUCAGGGGUCUUUCCAAUAAUAAAGUCUUUACAAAUGUUGAUGUGAGCCUAAAUUUCAUAGUGGGGUUGGGAUUAAUCAACUGCACAAAUCCUAAUAGUCCAAGGUGUCAAGGACCAAAUGGAACCCGCUUCACAGCCAGCAUAAACAAUGUUUCUUUUGUACUCCCGACAACCACUUCCUUAAUGCAAGCCUACUAUCAAGGCAUCCCUGGUGUCUUCACCACAGAUUUUCCUCCUGUUCCCCCUCUACAAUUCAAUUAUACUGGCAAUGUGCCCCGGGGGCUAUGGACACCUUCACGAGGAACUAAGCUCUUCAAGUUGAAGUAUGGUUCAAAUGUGCAAAUUGUUUUCCAGGAUACCAGCAUAGUGACAACAGAGGACCACCCUAUGCAUAUUCAUGGGUUCCACUUCUUUGUAGUUGGUGCAGGUUUUGGUAACUUCAACCCAGCAACAGAUCCUGCAAGGUUUAACCUUGUAGACCCACCUGUGAAGAACACCAUAGGAACUCCUCCUGGAGGAUGGGUGGCCAUUCGUUUUGUUGCUGAUAAUCCAGGAAUUUGGUUCUUGCAUUGUCACAUAGACUCACAUCUGAAUUGGGGUCUUGCAAAUGCACUUUUGGUAGAAAAUGGAGUUGGCCCAUCUCAAUCAGUGAUACCUCCACCACCAGAUCUGCCCCAAUGUUAA